GCUUUUCCAUCAACAACAGCCCUGUUUGGAUGGAUUCCAGCACCAAGGACCAGUGCUGCUCUCUAGAAUCAGCUGUUGGAAGUGCUCAGAAACUGGCAGACAUCACGGGAUCACGGGCCUAUGAGCGUUUUACAGGAAACCAGAUAGCGAAGAUUUACAGCCAGAACCCCGAGGUCUACGCGCAGACUGAGAGGAUCUCCUUGGUCAGCAGCUUUGCGGCCUCGCUGUUUCUUGGGGCUUACGCUCGCAUUGAUUACAGUGACGGUUCUGGCAUGAAUUUACUACAUAUCCGUGAGAAAAUAUGGAAUCUGGUCUGUCUUGAUGCUUGUGCAGCUGGAUUAGAAAAAAAGUUGGGCCAACCAGUACCCUGCAGCAAAAUAUUGGGUUCUGUUUCGCCGUAUUACGUUAAGCGCUACGGUUUCAAAGCUAACUGCAAAGUCGUAGCCUUCACUGGCGACAACCCAGCAUCUCUGGCAGGAAUGAGGCUCGCAGAAGGGGACAUUGCAAUUAGCCUUGGCACGAGUGAUACAUUGUUCCUCUGGAUCAGAGAACCAAAGCCUGCUUUAGACGGCCACAUCCUCUGCAGUCCAGUGGAGACGAAUGCCUACAUGGCGCUGCUGUGUUUUAAGAAUGGCUCUUUAAUGAGAGAGAAGAUUCGAGAUGAGCUUGCCUCUGGUUCCUGGGAAGAAUUUUCCAAAGCGUUAACAUCAACGCCUGCCGGGAAUAGUGGAAAUAUUGGUUUCUAUUUCGAUGUGAUGGAGAUUAUACCUGAAGCUGUGGGGAUUCACCGAUUCGACUCGCAAAACAGCAGUGUCCCAUUGUUUCCCAAAGAAGUGGAGAUACGGGCCUUGAUAGAAGGGCAGUUCAUGGUCAAACGGCUUCACGCGGAAAAGCUGGGAUAUAAAAUCUUGCCAACUACUAGAAUCCUGGCAACUGGUGGGGCAUCCCACAAUAAAGAAAUCUUACAAAUCCUGUCUGAUGUGUUCAGCGCUCCCGUUUACACUAUUGACACUGCUAAUUCAGCCUGUUUAGGUUCUGCUUACCGAGCAAUUCACGGACUGGUGGCGGAGACGAACGUGUCCUUGACGGAUGUCGUGAAAUUAGCGCCAGGACCCAGAUUAGUUGCUACUCCAGCAGCUGGCGUGGCUCAGGUCUACCAACCCCUCCUCAAAAGGUACAUGGUGCUUGAACAACAAGUGGUGGAUGAAACAAAAAACCCGCCUGCUGCCUCUGAAUGAAUAUCAAAUGGACCAUCAGAAGAAAUGGUCGACGUGGUCACCCAUUUCUCAGUUUUGUACUUGAAACAGAGAGAUUGUGAUUUGUUGUCUUCUGAGAGCUGGGGAACGAAUGCUGUAUGCUUUGUAUCUCUUUUUCUGCCAUGAGAGGACACCCAAUAUCUGUAUAUCCAUCUGCCUUUUCAGCCAUCUUUUUCCUUCCUCCCUGUUGCCACCAAAGUAUUGGAUCAUGGAAAGAAAUUCCCCAUCCAUGAAGCCUGGUGUUGUGGCUUGUGCAAUUAGUGACCCACCAAGACAAACCAACCCACCAGCCAUCUGUUGAGGUCUGCCAGAGGCUUGAUAAUCCAGGCAAGAACACCGGGGGUUGUUUGUUUAAAUUAAUUGAGUCUAUAGCCAGCUGCACAGCAUGGUCGGUGAGUAGCAUUCAUAACCUGGGCAGACUUGCCCUAUGCCAGUGGUGGCGAACCUUUGGCACUCCAGAUGUUAUGGACUACAAUUCCCAUCAGCCCCUGCCAGCAUGGCCAAUUGGCCAUCCUGGCAGGGGCUGAUGGGAAUUGUAGUCCAUAUCUGGAGUGCCAAAGGUUCGCCACCACGGCCCUAUGUCCUGCAUCCACAGCUUUUUGUAUCCCAUGUCAGUCCAAGCUCACCACGCAAGCAAGGAACCCAGUAUUUUGAAAAUCUCAGUAGGCUUUUACAAUGUUUUUGGCGGUGCAGAAAAAAAAGGCUCACACAUACAUUGACUGUGGUAAGUGAAGGCCUGGUAUAUCUGCACAACCAAUGUCUUAAAAACUAUUGUGACCUCUUUCUCCCUGGAGCAUUGUGGGAAUUUUCGUUCAGCAUUCUGAACAUUCCGUGUGAGACAUCACCCACACCUGCACAACUUUUGCAGAAGGACAGUUCCCUGCGGGGGAAAGCAAUGACUGUUAAACGUUGGCCAGUCUGUAGUACAGAGAGAGACCCUUGUGAGUCAGCUAGGAACUGAACAGACUUCCUGAGGUUACAGUAGUUAGUUAAGUGACCUCCACAGACGCUUCACCUUCUGGUACCCUUCCUACUCCUUCCUGGAUCUCUGAAGGGUCUUCUGACCACCAUCUGUAUAACGCUUCAUCUCUACAUUCUUUUCUUUCUGUUACACGGUUCCUUGUUGAAAAACAGAGAAAAGAAAACGGAGCUAAAUUGUGGAUGCAAAAUAAACAUCAGCAAAUGA